AUGUCUACUCCACUUCCUGUCGACCAAGCUCUUAUCGCCAUCCUCGCUCAACACGGACCGCGAUUCGAAGAAGUGUGCAAGCAUUCGCGAGAGUGCACUACGUUCCCCGCGAUCGACCAUGUCGCCGUGGUGUGCUUGGAGAAGGACCAUUUUGGUAUGCUGUUCGACUAUUGUGUAAUGCGCGACGACGCUGCUUGCCGAAUGAAGCCCAGUCGCAUCCAGUCGACUCCAAGAACGACAGCUUAUAUGCUCCAAUGCGCGAAGAAACUCAGACGCCCUCCGAGGUUUGGCGGAUGGGUCUUCAUGGGAGCGUUGCGCAAGUUCUGGAGGGAGAGCAACAGGUUUCAUCCUACUCUAUCUCUGUUGAGGCCCAGCGACGCAUGGGAACAGGGGCGGACAGCACUGGUGGAGGCACAGGUUUAUGUCAUGGAUGGGUUCUUGCCCGUUUCUAUCCCCCUCAUUGGGGAGAUCGACACCGCUCGGUCGGAGAUAGUCAUCCCAGGGCCUUUCUCGCAGCCACUGCUUUGCCAGGUCAUCCGCGAUUUGAACUACUUCAAGAAUACGGAUGACGACGCCAUCACCAACCUCGACCUCUACGACCCGUCCCAGCAAACGUUCAACCCGUCGCUGACAGACCCGACGUUCCCCAUACGCCUGUCCCUUCCCCUUACCACCGUACCCAUCUUGAAGGAUUCGAACGUAAACAUGACCAUCCUCGUGAUAGAUCACGCAGCCGGGCGAAGAGGAAGAACGGAGCCUAUGUGCUCAAUGAAGCAUGACUUCAUGGAGCUAGACUGGGUCUGGCCGGUGGGUCUUCAAGACGGCCGCGAGUAUCUGCAGGGACAGUGGAGCGUCAUGCAGAUGCCGGAUCCCAUGGGUGUGGUUGCAGUGGGGCCACGACCUGGACAGGCCGGCAGUCAGUCUCUUCUGGGCACAGAACUGGUUGAGCACGGCGUGUACGUGUUGAAGGCGCUCUUAGUCUCUCAAACACAUCCCAUUCGUCUGAAACUGCUUGACGAUCUCCAACAAAUCCCACCCGCUCUCUACCUAUUCCGUUCCACUAUGCCUACACCCCGCAAUGUCGACGAACGCGUCAUCAAGACUAUCAGCGAGGUUAUGGAGUUCGGAUUCGAGUACUACUGCGGCUCGUCAUCACCAUGCAGCCGCUCCCCCAACAUAGACCACGUCACGGUGAUCUGCAUGGAGCGGUUGCAUUUUGGGGAAUUGUACGAAUACUGUCUUCUGGGCGACGACUCUGGCUGCCCCAUGCGUUUUAGCCCUGUGCAAAUCGAGCCAGAUAAGGUUGAGAGAAUGAUGGAACUCACCCUCAAGCUGCGUGAUCCUCCCGCCAGGUUUGGCGGAUGGGUCUACAUGGGUGCAAUUCCGGACUUUUACGUGCGUCCGGAGUUGUGUCCUCUUUUGCACCAGGCGUGUGCGAGCGAGCGAGAGGGGGAGGGGCGGCUGGCGUCGGUAGAAGCACUGUUUUAUGUCGCAAACCCCAUUUCCAUCCCCCUCAUAGGGGAGAUAGACUCCACCGGGAUGGUCAUUGACAUACCCGGUCCCUCAACCCAGCCGCUCCUGAUCCAGGCUAUCCCUGGGCUAAACCGCUUCAAGGGGUCGCCCCACAAGCCCUGGGCGACGUUCGACCUCUACAGCCCAGCGUUGCAGACGUUUAUCCCUGCCUACAUGAAUGACCCGGACGAGCAUCCCAUCCGCAAGCUUCUUCCCCUCGACAGCAUCCCCGUUUUCAAGGAGUCGGAAAUUCAGAAAACAAUCAAUGUGCACGACUACGCGACUGGAAAGGAACGGACGGCUCCCAUGUGCUCCAUGAAGUACGCUUUCAUGGGGCUCGACAUCAUCUGGCCGGAGGGCCUUAAAAAUCCCCGCCAGUAUGUGGAAGCGGCCUGGAGCGUUGUUCCACCGCCGCCCCAGUCUCCCAGGAUGGCAACUCGGCCUCGACCUGGAGAGGAGGGCUGCGUGGUGAGGUGGGGAGAACAGCUCAUACAGAAGCGCGGAGACAACGGGGGCAAGAACAGCGAGUUUGACUCCCACUCAGGGUCAGGGAUAGAGGACGAGGACGAGGCUGAUUCUGAGCCUGAGGAUGAACCGCUCUGGGAGCUCGAUUCUGAUGGAUACUGA